AUGAGAAAUGCAAAACAGAUUAUAUGCAUAUGCAAAACAGGAACAAAGAUGAGAAAUGCUUACCUUUUGCUUGCAAUGAAAGUUUUCGCUUGGAGUUGCAAAACAGGAAAAAGAAUUAUUUUUCAGGGACAAAGACGAAGAGGAGAGGAAGCUGAUGAGAUUCAGACACGGCACUUUGGGAAGUAA